CCAAUCUGUGUAAGUUUGUCCCAAUCGGCUCCCUGUACUCCAUGACGUCACCGAGCCACGUGACUCCCAGCAGAGCCACCGCAGCACCGGGCUAUCUGAGCACCAGGAGGGGGAGAGAGAGCGAGCAUCGUCUUCAUUACCCGCACCGCCGGCUGUGAGUGAGUUUCAAUGUAAGAGCCGAACCGCAAUGUAGUCCUUUACAAUAAAUGGUAAUGUGUGUGUACAUCUAUAGGGCACGCGGUGAUAUGAUGUGUGUCUUGGUCAAGGCAGCCCAUGCUCUAUUAAUAAAACCAUGGUAUAUUGCAUGUGUAUGGACAGUCAUGGCAAUAAUGGCUGUUUAAGCCCAUACCGGUAGCAGGCUCUCCAUACACUGUGCUGCACACACCGUAUUGGGGGUGUGAGGGAUGUCACAUGUCUCCCCCAGGGGGGCUUCAUGCUCCUUGUUCAGUCGAUGCUGCAGAGACUCAUUGAAUGAUGAAAUGGAACUCUCCUCCUCUGCAUUCAUUGCAGCCAUGGAACGCUGGCUAACCUAUUAAUUCCAUUUUAGCCCAUGGAAUGGUUAUCUUAAUAACAAAGGGGUGGGGGGUGAAUGGGUAUAGAUAUGUUUUAUACCGUAUGAUGUGUGGACAUUACUGCAUAGAGGAUUCAUGAACAUAUUGCAUGAUCUGAGUGAAUGCAGAAACCUGCUAGGGUUUUAUCACUCAUUCACACUGCAAGCUGCCUCCAUUCCCCCAUGUAAGGUGAUCUGGCAGACAGCAGCUCCACUGAUAAGUUGCCAGAGGCUAAUUGUAUAUGUGACAUAUAGUUGCCUAUUGCAUCAGUUUUUUGUUUUUUUUACUUUGGAAGCUUUGCAUGUGUUGGCUCGUGAGGGACACUGUAGAACUGGAAGAGAUACCCGUUUUAACCAUUUUAAUGAAUUCUAUAGAUAAUGCAUUCCAAUUGGUAUAUAUAAAAUUUUUCAUUUAAGUUUCUUAAAGCUGUUACAAAGAAACCACUCCAAUAAUAAGAAAAUUCUCCAGUAAUCGGGAACCAAUCCAUCUUAAUAUAGUUUUAUUUUUUUCAUGUAGCAUAAACAUCUGUCAAACAGGUGUUUAUUGGAUAUGCAGUUUAACUCCCAUUAUAUGAGGGGUAGUACUUACUAGAUGGCUGUUGGUAGGCAUAGUGCUGCUGCUGCUAUCAGUUUAUGGAAAGCUAUGUUCACAGGUUUGCAAACUUGGCCUUUGCCAGCAUUUGCCCGGACUGUCAAUAGAUAGGUCACAGCCUACAUGCUUUCUCUUGGAUGGAUUUAGACAUCAAAUGAGAGAGUAUGCUUUGCCCAAGUUGAAGAGAGGUCAGACUGCAGUGAUGCAGCCCUAAACAGUAACAUUGGACCUCUUGAGCAUAUUGCAUAGUUUAUUCUGGUGCUUAGAAUUAUUCUUUAAUAUUGGUGAAAACUAUUCCAAAAUAAAUAAUAAAAUAAAUUUACAUUACUAAAAGUCAAACAUGUAACUAGUUGUCAAAUGUCAGCUUUUAUUGAUAUUGUUUGCCGAAGAGUCAAUUUGUUUAACUUAAUAUUUCCUUUUAUAUUUUGCAUGUAUUUUCUCGCCUGUACCGUGCACAUUUGAGAAAGUGUUUUAAGUUCAAACAAUAUAUCUUUUUAUAAUACUUAUUCAGAGCCGUGGGGCUAAAUUGCUGUCUACCAUGAAUCUAUAUACUGUAACUAUUCUAAUUAUACAGUUGGAUUAGCUUUUAACCCCUUAAGGACACAUGACAUGUGUGACAUGUCAUGAUUCCCUUUUAUUCCAGAAGUUUAGUCCUUAAGGGAUUAAACAGCAUGCUAUGGAGACACUGUGAAAAAGUAAAAGGUCACUCCUACGUGUAUAACGUGUUAUUUAUUUAUUUUUAUCGACGUCACUGAAAGUGCAUCAGUAUAUAAGAGAGGCACACACUUUCAGGAUUAUUUACGAAACACUGAGGCUAAAACAGCUAAUUUUGGGAAAAAAAUGCCAACUCAGCUAUAGUCACAACAUUUAAUAUUUUAGCCUAAAUUUUUGAAUUCACUAAAGUCCUGGUAUUUAGGGAAUGAUGCUUUUUGUUCCUAGGUGCUGCAGAGUAUGCACUCCUUCUUAUGAAAUCCACAAUAUAUAAAUUAAAAAUGUACACCAGUGUUAAAAUGUAUUUAAAGGAAAGCCUAAGUCACCAAAACAACUUUGGCUUAAUGAAGCAGUUUUUGCAUAUAGAUCAUGCCUCUGAAGUUUCACUGCUCAGUUUUAUGCGAUUUAGGAGUUCAAUCACUUUUGUUUUUUUCUAUGCUGCCCUAGCCACAUCCUGCAUGAAAAAAAGUGGUUUCAUGUUUACUCAGAUAUUAACAUUCUUUAGAAGUUUUUGUUUCCUGCUCUGUAAAUUGAUCUUUAAUUACAUACAGGAGGCUAUUAACUGAGCAGGGGAUAAGAAAUCCUAAAUUAAACAGAAGUGCAAACAUUAGCUUAAACUUUACAGGAAGUGUUUACGAAAGCUGUGUAAGUAACAUGCAGGGAGGUGGGAUUAGGGCUGCACAAACGGUGAUUUAACUCCUAAAUGGCAGAAAAUUAAGCAGUGAGACUGCAGGAGCAUGAUCUAUAAACCAAAACUGCUUCAUUAAGCUAAAGUUGUUUUGAUGACUAUCGUGUCCCUUUAAAAAAAAAAAAAAAAAAACCUCAACAGGCGAACAUUAAAACAGAGGCACCACAGUUUCAAAAUAUUGCUGUCCACCUUUUGGAUGUUUGGUAGAAUAAAUGUUGUCUUAAAACGAAGCCGUAGUGCAAGUAGCUUUAUUUUAUUUACUUCUCUGAAAGUGACAGUUCAUCAUUCCCUCACCCCAGAAAGGUUAUUGAAGAGCUCCUGGGAGGAUUAGUGUAAUGGACUGUAGUUUAUAUUAGUGUAAUGCACUGUCUGCAGCACUUCUCAAGCUUUGAUGACAUUCAAACCUGUUGCGUAAAGAACACUGAAGGCACAAGGUGGAUGACUGCAUCAAAUAGUUUAUCAUGCAAAACAAAAGUCAUACAUUAAAGGACCUCUAUAGGCACUCAGACCACUUCAGCUUAAUGAAGUGGUCUGGGUUCCAGGUCCAGCUAGGAUUGACCCUUUUUUUUUUAUAAACAUAGCAGUUUCAGAGAAACGGCUAUGUUUGUUAGGGUUAAUCCAGCCUCUAGUGGCUGUCUCUUGAAAAUCACAGUGAGAAGACGCCAGCGUCCAUAGGAAACCAUUUCCUAUGAGACUGGUUGAAUGCACGCGCAGCUCCUGCCGCGCAUGCGCAUUCAACCGAAGAGAAGGAGAGCUCCCCGCCUGGCGCUGGAGAAAGAGGUAAGUUUAACCCCUUCCUCUACCCAGAGCCCGGCGGGAGGGGGUCCCUGAGGGUGGGGGCACUCUCAGGGCAUUAUAGUGCCAGGAAAACGAGUAUGUUUUCCUGGCACUAUAGUGGUCCUUUAAUACAGUGAGGCCCACAUGGAGUUGAAUGUGAAUUUUUUUUUCAACCAUCUCACCUGUGUUAAAUUUUCAUUCCAACAAAAAGUGUAUACAUGUGAAUGUGUCAUCACACAAACACUUUGACAAAUGCACCAUCAGUCACUCCAUUUCUAUAUUCCCUAGCCAGCGUUAGCAGCGUCAGCUUGGGAGCUACCAUAGCAACUACAAUGCCUGCUCUAUGGUUGCUACGUGUGGAGAGCAGAAGGACUGCCUGCAGGAGGUCUUCUUGUCUGCUCUCCCAUGUCAGUCAAUUCUUCAACAUACAGUCUAUGCCGAAGAAUUGACUGACAGGGAAAAAAAAAAUAUUUUUAAAUAGGUUUUUCUCCCAAUCUGUAAACUUAGUAGUGAAUCUGUUCGCACAACAUAUAGAGAUAGAAUUGUAUGCUCCUUAAAAAUAGCAUACCUUAAAUAAGCACCCAGACCAUUUCCUCUGGGUGCCAUGUCAAUAGUGCAGCUAAAAACAUUUCCAUUUUGCAGGAAUGGCAAUGUUUUCCUUGCCGGGUUAGCACAUCUCUAGUGACUGUCAGGAAGACAGCUGCUUGAGGUGCUUCCUCUGUUCAACUUUAAAGCUCUAAUGAUUCUCAUUGAGCGCUUUGAUUGGCGCUGAGUUUUGCUGCGCAUGCGCACAAGCCUCCAAUUGCUUCCCUAAUGGGAAGCAUUGCAUUGGGUGAGAUCAUAGAGACUGAUGAUAUCAGGCAAAGAGGUGGAGCAGCAGCACGUAGAGCAGCGCACCGCACGAUGUAAGUUAAUUAAAACUUACUUUUUAGACCUGUGCAAAGGGGAGACACACCUACAUAGGAGUUAGGAAUAAAUGGUUGUAUUACAAACACUAUAGUGUUCCUUUAAAAUACUACAGUGACCCAGUAGUAAACAGGAAAAAUCUUUAAAUAAUAAUUAAAUGGAAAGAAUAACCGAAAAAGUGUUAAUUUCUCUCCAAACAACAGAAAAGGAGUGUUCAGGAGUAUCCUGGCGUCUCUCCCAGUAGUCAAGCUACACAGUUUCACCUGGGAACCACCAGAUUCUGAUCCCUGCCUGCAUUACUUCCUUCAGAGAGCCAGAAGCUAUUUAUCUCCACUAAGCCUGGCAGCGCAGAGCUUAGCUCAUUGGCUGAAAGCAGUAGAUGGAUGCUCUUAGACAAUGAGCUAGCCAGGAGAGCUAACGGAAGCUCCUCAAGUGGUAUCACGCAAAGCACUCAAGGUGAAUCUUUUGUACCUUGCAUGGCAGCUACAGGACGAUAUGGUGGGGACAAGAUAUGCAGCAGAUUCAGAUCAUAAUAAUUACUACUUUUGGUUGGGAGCUCACUAACCAGACCACAUGCUACCCUCCUAGACCGCCAGGAAGAUUAACCCCCAACAAGCAACAAAAGAGCAUAUCUUUCCUCCCUGCUGAAAGCUCUGCACCAAGGAGGCAAAACAGUGUGCACAGAAAGAUUCUGCCAGCAAACAUCACACACACUACAUACAGCCAGCGCAAACUGCAAGCUUAUAUUACACACCUGCGGCUUACACAUACAUACAUUACACAGAGCCAGCACACACAAAAACAUAUAUUGCAUACAGCCUGCAUGUGUACACACAUACUAUGGAGUGACACUUGGGGUUAUUCCCUAAACCAGGUGUAGGUAACAUUUUAGUAACAAAAAAUACAGAUAGAAGAAUUGGUACAAUAUGUAAAAUUGGUGCAAUCACCUAUAUGGGUCACCUUUUAGUAGUAUUAUGCCAAAGUACUAUAUAGCGAACUAAUAAAAUGUCGUUUAUAGUCAAAGGUUUGUUUAUCUGCGAUCUUUAAGUAACCACUGUUUUCUAUGGUAAGCUGCAACACAGGACAAACUCCAACUCUAGGUUUAAAGGACCACUCUAGGCACCCAGACCACUUCAGCUUAAUGAAGUGGUCUGGAUGCCAGGUCCAGCUAGGGUUAACCCAAUGGGUUAAUCCAGCCCUCAAAUCCUCUAUUGGCUGUCUCAUUGACAGCCGCUAGAGGCGCUUGCGUGAUUCUCACUGUGAAAAUCACAGUGAGAACACGCAAGCGUCCAUAGGAAAGCAUUGUAAAUGCUUUCCUAUGAGACCGGCUGAAUGCGCGUGCAGCCAGCCGAAAGGGAGGAGAGGAGGAGAAUCGGAGGCGGGGAGCUCCCUGCCCGGCGCUGGAGAAAGGUAAGUUUUAACCCCUUUCCUCUCCCCAGAGCCCUGCGGGAGGGGGACCCUGAGGGUGGGGGCACCCUCAGGAAACUAUAGUGCCAGGAAAAAGAGUAUGUUUUCCUGGCACUAUAGUGGUCCUUUAAGCUUCUAUUUGCUUUAUCUCUUCAGCAAGUAAAAAUAAAACAAGCACAUAAUCCCUUGCUCUUUCUUGAGCUCCGAAUAUACACAGAAUUCUCGAUCUACAGAGUGGCUUUCUUACUUUCUAACAAACAAAAGUAGCAUGGUAGCAGGCCAGCUCCCUUGGCUGGAAUAUCAGACUCUGAGUGAAUAGGCUGGUUUUACAUACAGUUAUGUUAAUUAGGCAAGUAAUUAGCAAUUGGCUUCAUAUGCACAGACUACACUAUUAUUAUUAUUAUUAUUAUUAUUUAUAUAGCGCCAACAAAUUCCGUAGCGCUGUACAAUGGGUGGACUAACAGACACAUAAUUGAGAUCAGACCACUGACGUACAGGAACAGAGGGGGUUGAGGGCCCUGCUCGAUGAGCUUACAUGCUAGAGGGAGUGGGGUAUAGUGACACAAAGGGUUAAAGUAGGGGAAUUAAAUAGUUUGUUACAGAAGGGUUUAUUGAGUGCUUGGUAGGUCAUUUUGACAGGUGAAGGAACGGAGUCAUGGGGUGGGGGAUGAGAAACCUGUUGACAGUUUAAUUGAUACGCUUUAAUAAAGAAGUGAGUUUUCAAAGAUUUUUUUGAAGGAAUGGAGGCUGGGUGAAAGUCUGAUUGAGGAGGGAAGGGAGUUCCACAGAAUAGGUGCAGCCCUGGAGAAGUCUUGAAGGCGAGCAUCAGAGGUGGGGAUCCGGGCAGAGGAUAGGCGUAGGUCUUGGGCUGAGCGCAGGGGUCUCGUCGGGACAUACUUGUGUAUGAGGGAGGAUAGGUAUGUUGGAGCAGCAUUAUGUAGGGAUUUGUAAGCAAGCGCCAGAAUUUUGAAUUGGGCCCUAUAUCUAACUGGAAGCCAAUGCAGGGACUGACAGAGCGUGGAGGCGUGGGAGGUGCGACCGGACAGGAAAAUAAGCCUCGCAGCCGUAUUCAUUAUAGAUUGCAGCGGUGCAAGCUGGGAACAUGUAAGACCGGUGAGAAGGGGAUUGCAAUAGUCAAGGCGAGAGAGAACAACAGCAUGAACCAGUACCUUAGCCGCGUCCGGCGUUAGAUAUGGGCGGAUGCGCGCUAUGUUCUUGAGUUGGAAGCGACAGGAUUUGGCUAUCGAUUGAACAUGGGGAGUAAAAGAGAGAUCAGAAUCAAAAAGAACUCCUAGGCAGCGAGCCUGGGAGGUAGAGGUGAUAGUAGCGCCGUUGACUUGGAUGGUGACAGACACAGGAGUAGCAGCACUUGAGGGAGGAAAAACUAGAAGUUCUGUUUUGGACAGGUUGAGUUUAAGGAAGUGAGCAGCCAUCCAGUUGGAAAUAGCAGAGAGGCAGUCAGAAACACGAGUCAAGGUGGGCGGAGAGAGAUCAGGGGAGGACAGGUAGAUUUGCGUGUCAUCUGCAUAUAAAUAACUAUCAAGUGGAAUGCCUUGCAUUGAUCCCCCCCCCCCAUGGGAAUUUAACACUUAGAAGGGAGAGGUAACAUUUUUCAAAGGAGGUCUUAUAUACCUUUCAUCAACAAUUACUCCACAUAUUAUUUUUUUCUGUCUCUCUAUCUCUAUAUAUAGUAUUUAACCAGGAAAGGUACAUUCAGAUAGUCUCUGGUUUCCAAGUACGUCCUGGAGACAUAUGUUACUUUUGCCCAACAUCCAUUGGAUGUUUCUAUUGCACAAUUUAAUGAUAAUGUAUAUAUAUUUUUUUUUAAGCAAUUAUUUUGUUAUAUUUUUAAAUUUCCACAUCAGUUAGCUAUUUUAACCUAAACUAAAUCAUUUGGUUUUUCACUUCCCUCUUUUUUAGCGAAUAAACUAGUUUGCAUUUUUCCUUCCUUAGUUUGUUUCUGUGUAUAAAGUCCACCAGUUCUCAUUGCAUGACUGAAUAGUACAGUGCAAAGAAUGUCUCUCUGUUAAAACUUGCAUAUGUCAGCAUAUUCUCAUCGUAAUAGAGGAAAAGAAACAGACCUUUGACCUUUACUGUAUUACUUUGGACCGCUAGCCUGUCAGAGCUUUUGCAUUGCAACUACCAGAAAAUUGUAGUGCAGACACUUAAUACAGACCAUUAAUUAAAGGAACACUCCAGACAUUUGCUAAAAGAACUAAACUGGCUGUCGCUGGAAUCCAGAUGCACCCUUCAUCUUUCCAGCCUUGUGUUAAGAGCUUUUCUGGGAAGCUCCCAUCCUACCUGAGCAGAAUGCUCUCCACAGCUGUUCCCACCUCCAAUCCAGUACCUGCACUUUAUUUAGUCUACCUCAAUACAAAAAGAAAACGUCUUAAUCCUCCUUUUUCCUGUACAGCACCGCAAUUAUGGAACGACUUCCCGCACACUUCAAAUUCUUCCCCAAGCCUAAAGUCCUUUAAGAGAUCCCACUCUACAUAUCUCAAAACAUAAUGCACCUGUUAUGGUCGAUUUUAUAUAUUUCUUAUCUGUUCUUUGUUAAAUGUUGUAUAUAUUGUGUAUUAAAGGAUCACUAUAGGGUCAGAAACAAAAACAUGUAUUCCUGACCCUUUAGUGUUAACACCAUCAUCUAGCCUCCCUGGGCCCCUCAUGCCUCCAUAAAUAUAUUAAAAAUCUUACUGUAUUCAAGCCUGAAGCUGUAAAUCUGCAUGCUGUUAGACUCAGAAAAACAAGCAGUCUGCUGACAUGUGGUAGCCUGAUCCAAUCACAGUGCUUCCCCAUAGAAUUGGCUGAGACUGACAAAGAGGCAGAUCAGGGGCAGAGCCAGCAUGAUUCAAACACCACCCUGGCCAAUCAGCAUCUCCUCAUAGAGAUGAAUUGAAUCAGUGAAUCUCUAUGAGGAAAGUUCAGUGUCUGCAUGCAGAGGGAGGAGAUACUGAAUCACAGGAUGCUGUGCACAGUGCUGCCCUGUGCUCUGCUGACAGCAGAUCUGAGUGGAUUGAGGCAUAUUAUGCCUCCAUCAACUCUGAAGUCCCUCUGGUUCACUCUGAGUGACUUCAACUGGAGGUGUUCCUAGCUUUCUCAGAAAAUACAGUGUUUACAUGAGAGAGGCUGCAGGGAGCUAUAGUUCUCACCUGAACAACCUCAUUAAGCCGUUCAGGUGACUCCAUGUAAACAGCACUUCCAUAGGUGACUUUAAAGAAUUCUAUAGGAAAAAAAACUUGCCUUGGUGCAACUCCCAAUGCAUCCAAAAUAUAGAAUAACGUAAUCCAGGAUGCAAUCACAGGUCUUGAAUUAGAAUGUGAUUUAUUAUAUAAAGGUUACAUACAGUUGAUUGAUCGACGUUUCAACCCUCCUAGGUCUUAAGAUAUAUAUAUAUAUAUAUAUAUAUAUAUAUAUAUAGAUAUAUAUAUUCCACACACACAGAAUGUGUAACCUUGGCACUCACCCCUUUAAAGUUAUUUGAUAAACUUGCCUCGGUGCUCCCUUUGCGCAAUAAUAUAUUGAAAAGAGAAUAGGUGCACUCGCAGGUCUUUUUUCAAAGUUUUUCUUUUAUUUCAAAUCACAUAUACAUUUUUCGAUCAGAGACCUGCGAGUGCACCUACUCUCUUUUGAAAAAAAGAAAAAAAAAAUUAUAUAUAUAUAUAUAUAUCAUUUUACAUAAUUAUUAGAUUUUAUUAUUUAUAAUUUGAAGGACCUGCCUGACAACCCAGGCAGACAGUCCAGAGAAUUUAAUUGGCAAGCCCUAUAUUUAACCCCGUAACUUUCCAAAACACCAUAAAACCUUUACAUGAGGGGCAUUGUUAUACUCGGGAGACUUCGCUGAACACAAAUAGGGGUGUUUUAAAAAGUAAAACAUAUCACCAGUAAAAGUGCAGUUUUUGUUUUUAAAAAAUGCGAAAAAACAAAUAAAAACGCUAACUUUCGCCAGCGUUCGUGACUGGCUACUACAAAAGACUUAGCCCAUUUUGAAUACCUUGGUUUGUCUAUAUUUGCAAAUGAUGUGCCAUGAUGGGGUUAAUUCCCCACAGACACAUGCUGGAGGAUGUGCGGGGAGAGAUGGAGUUACAUACAUAUGUGGUGGCAAUGCCCCAAAGUAAACGAAUACUGGGUAAAGGUGGUGGGACUGAGAUCCCAAAUCUUACAGAGGAACCUCAUGCUCAACCCCCUCGACCUUCCUUCUUUCCAGACAUACCGAGGGUUUAAACAGACAUGAACGGAAACUACUUAAAGGACCACCUCACGCUCUAGGGUGAGGAAGGGGUUAAACUUACCUCUUUCUCCAGCGCCGGGCGGGGAACUCUCCUCCUCCUCCUCUCCGCCUCCUAUUCAGCUGAAUGUGCAUGCGCGGCAAGAGCCGUGCGCGCAUUCAGCCAGUCCAUAGGAAAGCAUUCACUGAAACUGCUAUGUAGGGAGUGCAGAAUUAUUAGGCAAGUUGUAUUUUUGAGGAUUAAUUUUAUUAUUGAACAACAACCAUGUUCUCAAUGAACCCAAAAAACUCAUUAAUAUCAAAGCUGAAUAUUUUUGGAAGUAGUUUUUAGUUUGUUUUUAGUUUUAGCUAUGUUAGGGGGAUAUCUGUGUGUGCAGGUGACUAUUACUGUGCAUAAUUAUUAGGCAACUUAACAAAAAACAAAUAUAUACCCAUUUCAAUUAUUUAUUAUUACCAGUGAAACCAAUAUAACAUCUCAACAUUCACAAAUAUACAUUUCUGACAUUCAAAAACAAAACAAAAACAAAUCAGUGACCAAUAUAGCCACCUUUCUUUGCAAGGACACUCAAAAGCCUGCCAUCCAUGGAUUCUGUCAGUGUUUUGAUCUGUUCACCAUCAACAUUGCGUGCAGCAGCAACCACAGCCUCCCAGACACUGUUCAGAGAGGUGUACUGUUUUCCCUCCUUGUAAAUCUCACAUUUGAUGAUGGACCACAGGUUCUCAAUGGGGUUCAGAUCAGGUGAACAAGGAGGCCAUGUCAUUAGAUUUUCUUCUUUUAUACCCUUUCUUGCCAGCCACGCUGUGGAGUACUUGGACGCGUGUGAUGGAGCAUUGUCCUGCAUGAAAAUCAUGUUUUUCUUGAAGGAUGCAGACUUCUUCCUGUACCACUGCUUGAAGAAGGUGUCUUCCAUGAACUGGCAGUAGGACUGGGAGUUGAGCUUGACUCCAUCCUCAACCCGAAAAGGCCCCACAAGCUCAUCUUUGAUGAUACCAGCCCAAACCAGUACUCCACCUCCACCUUGCUGGCGUCUGAGUCGGACUGGAGCUCUCUGCCCUUUACCAAUCCAGCCACGGGCCCAUCCAUCUGGCCCAUCAAGACUCACUCUCAUUUCAUCAGUCCAUAAAACCUUAGAAAAAUCAGUCUUGAGAUAUUUCUUGGCCCAGUCUUGACGUUUCAGCUUGUGUGUCUUGUUCAGUGGUGGUCGUCUUUCAGCCUUUCUUACCUUGGCCAUGUCUCUGAGUAUUGCACACCUUGUGCUUUUGGGCACUCCAGUGAUGUUGCAGCUCUGAAAUAUGGCCAAACUGGUGGCAAGUGGCAUCGUGGCAGCUGCACGCUUGACUUUUCUCAGUUCAUGGGCAGUUAUUUUGCGCCUUGGUUUUUCCACACGCUUCUUGCGACCCUGUUGACUAUUUUGAAUGAAACGCUUGAUUGUUCGAUGAUCACGCUUCAGAAGCUUUGCAAUUUUAAGAGUGCUGCAUCCCUCUGCAAGAUAUCUCACUAUUUUUGACUUUUCUGAGCCUGUCAAGUCCUUCUUUUGACUCAUUUUGCCAAAGGAAAGGAAGUUGCCUAAUAAUUAUGCACACCUGAUAUAGGGUGUUGAUGUCAUUAGACCACACCCUUCUCAUUACAGAGAUGCACAUCACCUAAUAUGCUUAAUUGGUAGUAGGCUUUCGAGCCUAUACAGCUUGGAGUAAGACAACAUGCAUAAAGAGGAUGAUGUGGUCAAAAUACUCAUUUGCCUAAUAAUUCUGCACUCCCUGUAGAAAAAAGGGAUAACCCUAGCUGGACCUGGCACCCAGACCACUUCAUUAAGCUGAAGUGGUCUGGGUGCCUAUAGUGGUCCUUUAACAUGGUCUAUCUGGCAGCCAGACGAGACUUAGCUCAGAAAUGGUUGAGCCCAGAGCUGCCCCCCACUGUCUCUAGUUAUAGCCAAAAUAAUAGAUAACUAUCUAAUGGACAAACUGACGGCACAGGUGCGACACAGUCAAAACCUUUCAAAAGGUGUGGGAACAAUGUGUGGUCUAGAACAGUAGGGAAGGGCACUACCGACACAUGAGACACUACACGGGUGGGGGGGGAGGUGCCACAGCAAUGAUAUUGUCAGUGAAAGUGAAGAUUUUUCACACACAAACGGCACUUUCACUGAUAUCAUUGUUGUGAUACGUUUUACAGUUUUGAAACACUAAUAUGUGUUCAGCGAAGUCUUCUGAGUAUAACAAUACCCCCCAUGUACAGGUUUUAUAGUGUUUUUAAAGGUUACAAGGUCAAAUAUAAAGCUUGAUUUUCCGUUUUUUCACGUUGAAAUUUGCCAGAUUGGUUAUGUUUAUGAAGACAACCCAGGGUAUUUCAAAUAAGGUAUGUUCAGUCUUUUUUAGUAGCUACUAAGUCACAAACACUGGCCAAAGUUAGCGUUCAUAAUUGUUUUUUGCAUUUUUAACACACAAACAAAUAUAAAUGCUAACUUUGGCCAGUGUUUGUGACUACUUAAGAGAACUGGACAUACCCCAUAUUGAAUACCCUGGGUUGUCUACUUUGAAAAUAUAUGUUCAUAUGAGGUGUGAUUCAGAGAUUUGACAGAUAAGUGUUACAAUGUUGUCACUAUUGAUACAUUUGAAAAAUAUAUAUUUUGAAAAGGCAAUGUCCUACUUGUGUUUAUAGCCCUGUAACUUUCCAAAAAAGCUAAGAACAUGUUAACAUUGGGUAUUUAUAAUUUCAGGACAAAAUUUAGGAACUAUUUUGCAUGGAUGUUUUUUGGGGGUCAAAGUUAGAAACAGUGUGGGGUUUUUUUUUCCCAUCAUAUUUUAUAAAAGAUUUUCAUAGUAAAUUAUGUGAUAUGAUGAAAAUAAUGGUAUCUUUAGAAAGACCAUUUAAUGGCGAGAAAAACGGUAUAUGAUAUAUGUAAGUAAGUGUAAGUGGAAAACUUACUUGGGUUCCUUCUGCGCCCACUUCUGCAACCGUGCUUCUGCAUUAUUUUUGUAGGAGAAUCUGGUUUAGCAGUUCAUUGACUUAAAGUCUUAGCUCAGUAAAAACAUCUGACUUUCCCUGGAUGCUGGGUAGACUAAAUGCUACUAAAUAAUCCAUGAAGGACUCAUUAAGACUGAAUUAUUAGUGUGAGUUUAAAUGUAGAGACACUGGAAUUAAGGUAGUUGGGGGGUUGGGAUGCUCAAGCAAGUGGCAUGUCCACCAAUCCACAAGGGCAUAGGAGUGGUGGAAACUGGCAUAGCCCCGUAAAUUAUUAGAUUAUAGAGCUCUUACUGUGCUUCCUUUAUAGUUACAGAAAGUUAUAUUAUUCAUGUAUUUUCAUGAAUGCAGCUACAUGACUUCCCCAGACAUUCUAUUAUAUUUAAGAGAAAACAGGACAAGGAUUAACUGAAAAAUAUCUGGUACUUACCGUUUCCUGCAGACAAGGUAAAUUCAGAGGUGAAUCUCAGAUUUAUGUAUGUAUUUUCAAUUCUUUUUUUUUUUUUUAGUGCAUCAGCUCCAUAAUGAACCUAAUGGGAUUAACUCCAGCCCAUUAGUCUUGUGAGACUUUUCAGUACUGCGGUAGUGCGUAUUCUGAGCAUGACAUGUUUCUUUACAUUUUACAGUAUACUGUAGCUGGAAUAUAGUAUGAGUAGAAAACGUAUACCUUCAUAGUAGCAUGCAGUCACUGUAAUGCUGGAAUACUCCUGGUGUAUCUGGAAUUGCUUAACACUGUGUCUGUACUUGAACUUUUUUUCUAAAUUAUUUUUACACACUGAUGACUUGAGGGUUUUUGGUUUGUUAAAAAAAAUUGUCAUUUCACAAACAUCUGACACUGCUUAACCACUACACAUCCUCAGUACAUGGCCUUAUUGUAAAUUUGUUAUCAAAGUAUGUAUAUGUAAGAUGCCAACAGCUAUUUUAUAAACGCCACUCACUAGUCUAUCAUUGUAUAUCCAAACCACUUGGCGCACUUGCAUGACAAGCUGCAACUUAUCGUAUCGCAGGCAUUACCCAGAUGGAACCCAUAUCUUCUUUUUUCUGUUAUAAAAAUAACAUAGCAUCACUUAAAGGACCACUCUAGGCACACAGACCACUUCAGCUUAAUGAAGAGGUCUGGGUGCCAGGUCCAACUAGGGUUAACCCAUUUUUUUCAUAAACAUAGCAGUUUAAGAGAAACUGCUAUGUUUAUGAAUGGGUUAAGCCUUCCCCCAUUCCCUCUAGUGGCUGUCUCAUUGACAGCCACUAGAGGCACUUGCGUGCUUCUCACUGUGAUUUUCACAGUGAGAGCACGCAAGCGUCCAUAGGAAAGCAUUAUGAACUACGUCUCCCAUGAUACCCUUACUAUCUGUGUCAUUGAAAGGAUCAUUUUAGUUUUAUUUCAGAGGUGAGCAUUAUGAAUGCUUUCCUAUGUGACCGGCUGAAUGCGCGCGCAGCUCUUGCCGCGCGUGCGCAUUCAGCCGACAAGGAGGAUCGGAGGAGGAGAGGUCCCCGCCCAGCGCUGGAAAAAGGUAAGUUUAAACCCCUUUCCCCCUUCCAGAGCCGGGCGGGAGGGGGACCCUGAGGGUGGGGGCACCCUCAGGGCACUAUAGUGCCAGGAAAACGAGUAUGUUUUCCUGGCACUAUAGUGGUCCUUUAAGACAAAGAUUUUAUCCAUGCAUCUUUAAAAUAUUACCUAGGUGGCAGAAUCUAAUUCAGCUUUUACAAUAAAUAAAUGCUCCUCAUCAUAGCACCCUUGUAGCCUUUUAAAAUUGCAUAAAUAUUUAAUAUGACAGAUUAUUUUUGACAAGCAAAUGGACCGUAAAUUGGUAAUAGAUACAGAUAGAUUAUCUUGUUAAGCAGUGAUAACAUUUUGUACUUGUCUCAUUUAUUGUAAUUUCCUACUCCUAUAAUAUUGUAAAGUGCGGCUAAUUGUUUUUAAGUUUCUCUGGGUUCCAGAGUCGGUAAAAUUGUAUAAAUUAAUAGGAUUUUCAAGUAUUUCACUUAUUUUUUUAUUCACUAUUAAUUUUUUAUUAUUCCUUUGUUUCAGCUAUAUAUAGGAUAAGAAGAGAGUGCUUAUAAAACUAAAUGUGUUGAUUUUUUUUUUUUUUUAUUAUUUCCAAUCUGCUGCUGUUGGCUAAAAUUUGAAAUUUGUUUUAUAGAAAAACAUUGAAUGUGUGUCUCAUUGAUAUGUUAUUUUUUUUUUGUAAAUAACAAUUUUUUAGUUAUACUAGAUUAGAAACAGUAAUUCACAAGUAUUAUAAAGUACUGAUAAAUAAAAGCAGAGUGGUAUAUAUGUGUAGUCCUGUUGCAAAAUAGUAGAACCGUCUAAACCAACUGAAAAAAAGACAAAAGAUAAUGAAAAGUAGUGCAACUUAGUCGGGAUGCAAACUGUUAAGGAUCUUUUAUACUUUGAGGAAUUCCUUGUGGUGUAAUGAAGGAUGAAGGGAUAUCUGACAAUGUUUGGCUAGUGGAAGCAAUGCUCCUUCAAAAGGGCACAAUGUGUGGACAUUCCCGUCACAUGUGAAUAAAUCCACUCUAAGAUCCUUGGCAUCUCCAGCAUUGGAUUUUUGGCCUACAGGCGCAAAGGUGUUGUUACCAAAUGAAGAGAACCUUAUAGGUGGACAUGGCAUAUAAGAUGCCAUGUGGUAAUUGGUCAGAGGUCAGAAUAUCAAAAGGUGAGAGGUUGUCAUGAAAGUGUGUGAGGUUUGGCACAUCAAUGUGUGCAAUGGAAGGAUCUUAUCAUUAUUGGCUAGAUGGGCUACCUAGUGAAACCAUGAAAAGAGGACUAAUCACUGGCAUUCAAAAAAAUCUAGGUUAUGAACCAGGCAUAGGGCAAUGUGCGGAUCCCCCAACUUUAGAAGGGUCAUAUUGGUAUACUCAAUAACUCUGAGCAGGUGACUGGCAUGAUAAUAAAGUAUGAAGUCUUGGAUUGCUAGUCCUCACCUGGUCUUGGUCAUUGUCAGCUGCAAAACCCUCUACUUGUGUUUAGAGCCCUUCCAGACAAAUCUAAUCGAUAAUGUACGUGAUGUGAAAAAGGCUUUUUGAAGUAAAAUAUUUAUCGGGAGCGCUUAGAAAAGGUCAAGAUUCUGAGUAUGUUAAAUUUUUUUACACAACCCAGCCUGUUAAUGCGUAACAGCAUCCAAUCAAAAUUCUUAUGUAAGGAAUAAAAUGAACACUAUAGCAUUAAGAAUGCAAAUGUGUCAGGGAUAAAGCAGAGCAUCACACCGCAGCACAGGCGAAAACUAAGCAAAACUCAGCUGGAACUGGGCCCACAAAAAGGGACUCCAUGCAGACCACUGAGACUACUUACCCACAAUGGCCAACCCCGAGGGGGGCACCUACCAUGCCGCACAAGUGCACAUAGCACCCAAGAGACUCACAGGGCAGGCAUCGGCUGACCACAGAAGACCCCACAAGCUGAGGCCCAGACAACUCUCCCGGGCCCCGUAGUGGAUUUCUGAGCAACAGCACUGACUCUCUGGGCACCGGGCUAUACUGCCUCACAGACUCCUCUCUCCCUAUAAAACCGCAUAUGCUGUUGGCGUGCUAUGAGUUGGAAGCGUAAGCUCAAGUGAAGUCCUACUCACACCCUGAUCUGCCAGGCAAAACAAAUAGUUUAACAUUAAUUUAACACUGUUUCUCUUUUUCCUUAACAUGCUACAUAGGCAAGUAACUUACAACACUAGCCUGCUUCACAUAAGUUAGCGACACUUUACUAUACUUCAAUCACCAUGCCUAGCUAGCCUCCCUGAGUUAACUUAAAUGUAUAUUCCAACUUGGACAUGUGGAACUAGCCUGCUCCCUCUCGAGAUUUAACUUAAUUUUACUCCACUGUCGUCUAGCUUAGCGCACUUAUAACUACAUUUACUGCAUAACCAUGUGUAGCCAGAAUCUAGGAAGGGAGUGUUUAACCCAGUCUACCCCAGUUACAUACUGCCUCGCCCUAGCCUGAUUGUUACCCCCAUUAUCAACGAAGUUAUUUUAUGUUAUGGAAGAGACUAAGUAAUGAUAAUACACACUGUUUAUUACGCGACGUAAUCAUAUAUAUGUAUAAAAAUGUGCUAGCCUUAACAAGUACCUCUAUGCCUUACUGUUUGAAAUGCGCUAGAGGAUUGCCUUUGGGGUACCUCACAAGCGACUGUUAAAAACUUACGCACUACAAAAAAAAAAUAAAAAAAAAAUAAAUAAAAAAGAAUGCAAAUGUGUAUUCCAAACCCUAUAGUGCCCUAAUUAUCGUUAAAACGGUGGGUUAUAUUUGCCUUUACUCCUUUUAGCUCUGGUCUCUGGCAUUCUGCCCCGCUUCUUUAUCGGAGAUCAUUGAGAUUGAUAAUCUAAGCCAAUCAAAUGCUUUGGCAAAACGUUGUGCUGCGCCAAUCAGAAGGUCUCUAUGAGCACAUCUGUAGGCGUGAAGUGAUCUGGGUGUCUAUAGAGCACUUUUAAACAUGGGGAAGAAUUCAGUUUCGUACAAACUGGAUACAUUUUUAGUGAGCCAAGUAUUGGUUGAAUUAUGUUGUUAAAAUUAAACAGAUAGAUCGGAUUGGCACAUACUUCAGUAGAUGAACAUUUAAAAUGGUAGAUUUGGAAAAGUUAAUCUUUAGGUGAGAUAGUAUGCCAUGUAUCUUGAAUUCUGUCAUUACCCAGUAAGAAGUUUCUUGGUUCAGAAUAAAAAAAUAAAAUGAAAAAAGUCAUCAGCGUAAGCUGCCCCCUUAUGUUCGAUCGAAUUUAAUGAAGAAAGGGUUUGAUGGCAAGGACAAAGAGCAGCAGUGAAAGAUACACCCCUGUUCAGUCCCAUUGCUCAUUGGAAAGAUCUGUAUAUACAUCAUUUACACAGAAUGUAGCUCUAGGUGAAAAGUAUAGGGAUCUUAUCCAUUCAAACAUUGUGAACUUUUUUUUAUAGGAAUUUUGUGAAUGGUUUUUAUAUCUAAGAUUUAACACAUAGUAAAAUAGCCUUUUAUUGAUACAAAUUUUAAUCUGAUAGGUUUCUGAAAUAGUCAGAUUUAACCGUUUUAUAUGCACUUUGUUUUGCACAGAUUCUAAAAAUGUCAGGUGAAUUAUCUCUAAAUAUUAACAUCAAGGAACCGCGCUGGGAUCAGAGCACCUUCGUUGGAAGGGCCAAGCAUUUUUUUACAGUCACUGAUCCGAGGAAUAUCCUUCUGCCCGAUGAACAGCUGGAGCACGCAAGGCAGAUCGUUCACGACUACAGGUACAGACUGCUACACAGUAAUAUGCAUAAACUCUCUUCCUUGUUAUUGGAACGAGCAUUCCAUAAACGAAUCAAAUAUAAGUCUAAGGUGUCAGUCAUUCUCAAUAGAAGAAUGCACAUUUCUCAAUGAAAAUGGGAAAUGAUCAAAAUGUCUAUGCUUUUAUUUAUCCAUUUGCUUAAAGUGUGCCUAUUCUGGUACAUGCCACUAAUGUUUAAUGCUAGGAAAUGUAUAGAUUUUAAUUACACCUUAAAGGGACACUAUAGGCACCCAGACGACUUCAGCUUAUUAAAGUGGUCUGGGUGCAUUGCCACGGUCUAUCAAUAACUGCAAUAAUUAAAGAGGUUAAUUCAAUUUUGUAUUUCUAGCACUAUAGUUUCCCUUUAAAAUAUGUGACCAACCUUCCCUCAUCCAACUCAGUAUGGACCCUUGGGGUGAGUGAACAUUCCACACUGUAUGUUUAAUGCUUCCAUAUGACAGAUUUAAAUGAAGAGUCAUUAUGGAACUUCCAUAACAAUCAGAAAAAAAGUUAAUAGUGUAACUUGGCUGCUGAGAUUGUGGCUAAUCCGCAACCACGGUGUGUUUGUCCUCAUAUGUACUGUUAGAGUAAAGCUCGCAGUGAUCCUACUAGCUAUUAUCAGAAUGAAAAUAAGAAUAUGUCCGUUUUAGUCCUCAUCAAUGAUUUUAAUUCAUAAUGGAUUCUGUGGCAACCUUGUAAGUUCCUGGUUUACCCAGGGGCAUUGACCUUCAGCGUGCAUAAGGCCAAGUGUGAGAGCUAAUAGUGUUAUCAAAAAGUAAACUUUGGGAAAAUGUUUGUCACAUUGUAAUGUUUAUCUUGUAACAAGUAGUAAUGCAGUGCCAGCAUUUAAAUGGGAUAUGCAGGUUUUAUAUCUAAUUUUAUUCCCUGAGUCUUAGUUUAUCUAUGAGACUUUUUAGUUUGCAUCUUUUAUGAUAUCAGGCUAUCAAGUGUUUAACUGUACUGCAGUAAUCAGUAAAAUGCUGAGUGAUAUCUUUAGUUAUCCACAUAAGGUCAAUCGCACCACUUCUGUUUCUAUUCUAUACAAGGCAGGGCAUUGUGAACCCAACACUCACUGAAGAUGAACUAUGGAGAGCAAAAUAUGUGUAUGAUUCAGCAUUCCACCCAGACACUGGUGAAAAGAUGAUAUUAAUCGGAAGAAUGUCUGCUCAAGUACCAAUGAAUAUGACGAUCACUGGCUGUAUGAUGACUUUCUACAGGUAAGAAAUUAUACUGAUGUCCGUGAAGGCUGCAUGUGGUUGUCUUACAAGGAAAGCAUUACCACAAUCAUGCAAUUUGCUUAUCAUGAUUGUUACCUGCGUAGUUGGAUCAGACCAAAAGCUUAACAUUGACUGUAAAGUUUUGACCUUUGGGUCUUGUCGACAUGGAUUUCUGACUUUAAAAUGACUUUAAAGAGACACUAUAGUCACCAGAACAUCUACAGCUCAUCGUAUUUUUUUUUUUUCUGGUGAGUAUGAUCAUUCCCUGCAGGCAUUUUUAUGUAAACAGAGAAAAGGCAGUGUUUACAUUGUCCCAUAGGGAUACCUACAGUGGCCAUCUGAGGAGUGCUCACUGGAGGUAUCCCUAGGGGGCAAUGUAAAUACUGCCUUUUAUUUGGCCACUGAAGGUGUUUCCGGCCAUUCAGCGUCUUCACGCUUUGCAUGGAGACACUGACUUUUCCUCAUGAUUUAAUGUAUCUCUAUGAGAAAAUGCUGCUUGGUCAAGCCGGUGUUUGGUCCAGCCUCCUUGUUGAUUUCAGCCAAUCCAAUGCUUUCCCUAAAUGCUGAUCAGCAAGGGGGGCGGAAAUAAGGUAGGUUCUCCUACCUUUUAACGGGGCUAAGGGGGGACAAGCCACCUAAAUGGUGGUUUUCACACUAUAGGGUCAUGAAUACAUGUUUGUGUUCCUGAUCCUAUAGUGUUCCUUUGAGGUCAAAGUAGUCGCAGCUGGAAGAAUAGUGGAUUUGGCAGUUUUAACUAGCUUGGCUAUUCAAUUAACAACAAUGUUCAUCAUAAUGAAUAACCCUGUAAAUUAUAUAUUCACAUUAAUCAAUGGCAACUCUUAACACAGCAUUUUCAGUACUUAAUAACUCCAGCAACAUCAGAAUAAGCACCAUGCCGACGAGACUCGUAAUUGAAGUGUACUGUAGUUCUUUUGCUUGCGUUCUCUCUACUUUCUGCUCUUUUGCAUCUUUCACUUUCAGAACCAUUUUAUGCUAAUUACGCCACCCUGCCCCCCUUUCCCCAUCACACCAAUAAUAGACACGAAUAGGGAGCUGUGAUGCCUCUGCUAUGCUAUACAUGGUAUAUGUGUGUCAUGGCGUGUGUGUGUCUGUCUGUCCUUCAUGAUGUGUUUGUUUAGGUUACCAGACCCCUUCCGUUCACAAGGGAAUUAUGUUUUAUUCACUUUUUAGUUUUUUACGCCAUGCUGGUCUCCCCUCAACUGGCCCUGCCUCUAUGGCUGAGAUUAUCAAGCUAUAUGAUCUCAACUAAUCCAAUGUUUUGCCAUAAGAUUGUCUGCAAAACGCUGCAGCAAUCAGCAUCUCCUCAUUGAGAUGCAUUGAAUCAAUGCAUCUCUAUGCGGAACGUUCACCUACUAUGCAGGAAGCACCUCUAGUGACCGUCUGAGUGACUGUCACUAAAGGUGUCACUAGGAAGCAAUGUAAACACUGCCUUUUCUCUGAGCCUCACAUCCAGCCUGUUGUCAAAUCCUGCCAAUGCCACCUUAAAAAUAUUGCCUGCAUCCACCCCUUUCUUACGCAAGACGCUACACAGGAGCUUGUCCAUGCUCUAGUAAUCUCUUGCAUGGAUUAUUGUAACUCUCUCCUAAUUUGUCUUCCCAUUAUCUGUACUGCCCCACUACAGUCUGUACUGCUCUCCCCUCUAUCAGUCCUUACAUUGGCUUCCUGUGUCCUAUAGACAUCAAUUCAAAGUACUAAUUCACAUCUAUAAACACUGAACAAUUCUUGCCCCUCCUAUAUCUCUUCGCUGAUCCAUGGUAUGCCCCUUCUCGGCUUCUCCUCUCUGCCCAUGACCUUCUCUUGUCCGCUGCUCACACCGUAUGGCCAACUCACGCUCACCAGACUUCUCACGGGCGUCUCCUUUCCUUUGCAAUAGCCUGCCUACGCCCAUCAGACUCUCACCUGGUCUUCGAUCAUUUAAAGGACCACUAUAGGCACCCAGACUACUUCAGCUCAGUGAAGUGGUUUGGGUGGUUUUAACCCUUCAGAUGUAAACAUAGCAGUUUCAGAAAAACUGCUAUGUUUACACUGCAGGGUUAAUCCAGCCUCUAGUGGCUGUCUUCCUGACAGCCACUAGAGGCCGCCGCGAUUUACACAGAGUAAAUCACACUUAUUUGACGCUGGACGUCCGCACAGAGUCCAGCAUCAAAAAAGAUCCCCAUAGGAAAGCAUUUUCUAUGUGCGCGUUUGAAUGCGUGCACGCCUCUGGCCACGCAUGCGUAUUAGGCUCCACGCGGGAACUGACGUCAAUGGAGGAGGAGAGGUCACCAGUGCCGAGGGAGCCCAGCGCUGGAUUAAGGUAAGCAAAUAAAUGGUUAAUUUACCAUUUAUUCGCCACGCAUCGGGGCUCUAGUCACCUAAGCGGUGACUAGGGCUCUAUAGCAUUAGGAACACAUAUUUGUAUUCCUAACGCUAUAGUGUUUCUUUAAGAAGUGCCGCAAAACCCAUCUCUUCAGGAAAGCUUUUGGCCUGCAACAGUAAGCUCUACCUCACAUACCUGUCCUUUGCUCUUUCCUAAAGUGCAGAACUCCACUCUCUCCUCCAGAUCUGCUUCAUUCCCACCUUGUUAGACUGAUUUUUCCUGUCCUAUUGUGUUUUAUACCCCACCUCCUCUAGACUGUAAGCUCAUUUGAGUAGGGUCCUCUUCAACCUAUUGUUCCGGUAAGUUUUUGUAAUUGUCUCAUUUAUUAUUAAAUCUCCCCCUCUAAUAAUAUUCUGAAUUGCUACGGAAUAUGCUGGCACUAUAUGAAUAACAAUAAUAUUCAUGUAAUUUUUCUUUUAUAAUUUUUCUUCACUUGUGGAAAUAUAGAUUAGUAAUUUGCAUGUUUUUAAAUAUAGGUUACUUUUGUGCUAAAUAUAUUGAAUUAAAUUGGGCAUGGUAGAGACAUUCUCCAUUUUCUUCAUACAAAUUGGUACAUUUUUAGAAUGUGUGUUGAAUACGUUUGAAAAAUAACUUCUAAAAUAAGCAAUUUUUUACUUAGACGGGUUAUAAGCUGGUUAUAAAAAAAGUGCUGCCUAUUACAAUAUAUAUUUACACACAUACAUUUUCCUUUUCAAAUUGUAUUUAUUCAAUUUCCACAAUAGAUUCUUGUAUUUAAUGUAGAUUAUCUUGUUUUCAGCUUGCUAGAGAAACCAGAAAAUGUAUACAUCUGUCAAAAGAUUCUUAUAAAAUGGCUAGACUUUGCAGAUGUGAAUUCUGCUAGAACACAGAUGUCCAAAUCCAGCCUUUCAAGCGACUGCCUAUUAGCCACGUCAAAAGAGCCUGUAAAUGCUAUCUGCUGUUUUUUCCAUUUUUAGAACAACACCAGCCGUGGUCUUAUGGCAGUGGAUUAACCAGUCCUUUAAUGCCAUUGUUAACUACACGAACAGAAGUGGCGAUGCUCCCAUCACUGUAAGGUAGGAAUGAUGCAUACUACUGAAUCAUGUGGCCUCAUAUUGUACUUUUAGGCCUUAUCCCGGAAUACUGACUUGCGCAGCGUUACCUCUUUGGAUUCUUGCCCUUUGCAGAAAGGCUAAAAGGUGACCUAAAAAUGAUAAUGCUGAGUGACAUGUCAUGAAAAGUAAAACUGUGUGCAAAGUUAAGAAUGAGCAGAUCAUUUGUACCUAUAUGCACGCUAGUUUUCAUUUUAUGUAAUAUAUUCUACUAUGGUUUAAAGGACCACACUGCAAAAAAAUUCUAAUUUCUUUUUUCUUUUUUUUUCUUUUUUUUUAAGUGAACAUCGCUGUUUAGUAGAUAUAUCCCCAAUGGAUACAUGCAUGUGCAUCAAGUCUGAACAGAAUAGGGGAGCAAGUAGAGCACACUUGCCAUUUCCGUUUGCUCAAGGGAGUUAACAGAAGGGGGGUGCAACCUCCCUUGCUGCUUGAGUGUCAGUCAAGGACAUAACUUAAAGAGACACUAUAGGCACCCAGACCACUUCAGAUUAUUAAACUGGUCUGGGUGCAGUGUCCCAGGUUCCUUAAGCCUGCAACGGUAAUUAUUGCAGUUUUUAAGGAGCAGAUGCGGAGCCUGAACCAGCACUGAGGGACAUCAGUGUUGGAAUUAGGUACACAUGGAGGGGGGGCGCUAUAGUGCCAGAAAAAAAAAAACUUUGUUUUCCUGACACUAAAGGUUCCCUUUAAUUAUAGACAUGCAGAUUUCUCAUGGAACUUUGCACUUUUAUUGAUUGGAGGUACAAUAUGAUGCUCCUCAUCUAUAAAGCUGAAGUGCUUUAUUUGUGUGGAGUGUUUUGGUUUUUUUUGUUAAUCAGUAUUGGAAUAGUUUAGUUCUGUUGAUUAACUUCGGGCUGCUUUGAGUCUUCUGUUGUCUUUUUCCUUCAUACUUUUUUCUGUUUUGUAUUCUAAGGAAAGACGUACAAAAUGCUGAUUUCAGAUCCCAGUACUCUUUGUUCUUUCUUCCCCUUCUGCGCAAGUGUUUGGGUUCAAUUUUUAAUGAAACCGAUAGAACCAUUCCAUUGUAUUUUUUUCGUAUUAUAAAAAAAUGUUACCUAUGAGAUUAUACGCAGUUUAUUUUUCUAGAGAUAAGUAAAAUAUUAGUUAUUGUACAUUUUCCAUGCAUGAGAGAAUUACAGUUUGUGCCUUAACUUGUCAUUUGUCCAUCCACAUGUUUGUCACUAACAUUUUGGGGAGUUAAGGGGGUAUUGAACACUGGCAAUUAAAUAUAUAUUUAUAAUCGCAUAUAGUAAGUUUCAUGUUUGGAAUGCUAUCAUUUCACCACGUGUCCGUUAUCUAGUAGCCUGUGAGACUUUUAAAGGCAAUAAAUAAUUUCCUAGAGUACUCUCAGGCAUAGUCAUAGCGGGAACUAUAUAUUUAUUUAUUACAACCAUGGCAUGUAACUGAGUGUCUGGUCACACAGACACCUGUCUAGGUUUUACUAUGGGGAAAGGGAAAUGCUCUAUAGCCAGCUCUGAUCAGGAUCACUAAUUUAUGCUGAAUUUAUGACGUACCAUAGAAAUGGAGAUGGAAUACUUGUGCCAAUUUAUGAGGGUCUUUGCUAUUAUAGGUAAUAGACUUAAACCCUUUUUAAGACUACAUAUUUUACCCAUUUACAAUGCCCUAUGGGGCAUUACUAUUGGGUCUCCAGCCCCUCAAACCUUGUAAAAAUGAUUUAAAAUGUACAUGAUGUCCAGCUGGUCUCCACUCCCACCACUGAUGUCAGCUCUGCACUUGCACGGUCCAAUCAUUGGCUUCUUAUAGAGAAGCCUGUGAUUGGACUCUUUCACUGGAUCAGAGUGCAUGCACACACUCCGAGCUGGGGUGGGAGGGAGAUAAAAAUAAAUAUUUAUAUAUAUAUAUAUAUAUAUAUAUAUAUAUAUAUAUAUAUAUAUAUAUAUAUAUAUAUAUAUAUAUAUAUAUAUAUGUAUAUGUAUAUGUAUCGAUAAGAUGGAGCACUCAAAAGGACUUCAACACGGUGUAUUUAUUGUGACGAAAAGUUUACAACAUAGUGCAAAUAAUUCUGAUCAGAAUUAUUUGCACUAUGUUGUAAACUUUUCGUCACAAUAAAUACACCGUGUUGAAGUCCUUUUGAGUGCUCCAUCUUAUCGAUUUAUCUAUAUUUUGGACGUCGGAAGCACCAAAGGCAGUUGUAUUGGGAAUACUUCAGGGGUGAGUGCCUGAAUUAAUAAAUAAUAAAUAUAUAUAUAUAUAUAUAUAUAUAUAUAUAUAUAUAUAUAUAUAUAUAUAUAUAUAUAUAUAUAUAUUAUGUAUGUAUAUUAUCUCUAUCAUUUUUUUUUUUUUUCUUAUUUUUUUUUCUCAUGUAAGCAGGGGGAGUACACACAAUGAGGGAGGUGAAAACUAUAUUCCACAUGCAGGCAUGGCUAUUAUUACAUCUGUUGCCAGCACAUAAAUGACAGAUGUGUUUUAUGCACAGAAUUGACAUUCGCCAGUGUGAAACAGUGUUCUGGGCUGCCUAAGUCACAUGUGCUUGAGGUGGAACUAUCCUCCGGCACACAAUUAAAAAUAGCUCUGCAUGUGCAGUGUUGCAAGCAGAAACAGUGCACAUUCAUACUCCUACCACCAUGACCACUUCGAAUCACUGACGUGGUCAUGGUUCUUAGAGUAACCAUUUAAGGGCAUGCCAUUAAACACUAGCUGAAAGGUAUCUAUUGUUAAUUCUUCCUUCCUUUUUUUUUUUUUUUUAAGCUAGCUAUCAAAACAUAGUUGAGUGCCAGCAAUUAAGAACAGUUUUCCCAGAGUUUUGGUUUUGGUUUGUAUUCAUAUAAUUUUUAGUAGUUUUUUGAAAGGGAGAAUUUCAAUUACAAAGGAAUAUUUUGCAACCUAGCUGCAAAUUCAUUGUUCGUUUAUGUGCUAUUAAAAUUGUGUCUUAAGUUCUUAAUCUACUAAAUCUCCAUUUUUUUUCCUCCCAUUUCUCUGUUAUAUCAUGUAAUGCCUUUGGACUGGAUUUUUAACAUAAACUGACUAUACACAUGCAAACACCUCUGCCUCUUGUUGUUUUAGCCAACUGGGAACAGCUUAUGUUUCUGCCACCACAGGUGCUGUUGCGACAGCUCUAGGACUAAAUGCACUAACCAAGGUACUUGACAUUCAUAUUUGUUUUGUAACCUAAUUACCAGAAUUAACCUAUAUCCAUUUAACUUGUGUUCACUCUAAUACAAAGUAUACAUCCGGUAGCAUGUGACCUUGACCACAGAAUGCCAUGUAAAUUACUAUGGUCAAGACAUAUAUUGUUGGAGAAAAUAUGUGUUAUUAAAAAAGAAAUAAUUUUUGAUUCUGUGAGUUGAUGUGGAUUGGGGAAGGCCUGUAAUCACUUUAUAAUGAUUGUGUUACCAACAAAGUAGUCUGUCAUUGUUCUCGAACCCUGAAAAGGAAUCUGUCUGCAAAAUACGAGAGUCCUGUUUUAUCACCUUAGAAAUACAAAUUGCAUAUAUAUCAAUCAAAUGCGUAUAUGUAUAUACACAUGCCCACACAUAUUGGAAUAGCCUGCGGAUAGAUAUUCUGGUUUAAUCAGAGAAAGUUGUGUACAACCAGCAGUAAUUGUCAUGACGUGCUUUGCAUUAUCAGUGGUUUGAUAAUUUAUUUUCUUCUCUUAACAGUUUUAAUUUUAUUGUUUAAUCCUUCAAGCUAUGUGCCAUGUUCUUGGUUCUGAUAUUUCACUAAAUCAAGGUAAUAAUAAAAAAUCACCCAUUUUUGCUUUAUUUUUCUUUAGCAUGUCUCACCCCUAAUUGGAAGAUUUGUUCCCUUUGCUGCUGUAGCUGCUGCCAACUGUAUCAAUAUACCCUUAAUGAGACAACGGUAA